AAUGAAAUGCGUUUUGCACGCUUUUGUUUUGCUGUUGCCCAGAGCUCAUUAGCAUAGCUCGAACCAAUUAAGGAGAGAUGGCCAUUUGGUGGACCGUGCGUAUGGAGAAGAUGCCAGCGUCACCAUCUGUUGGCCAAAUGCCUCAUUGGCUCUUCUAUUUUGUAACUAUAAAUGCUGACGAGCACUGUUAACCCGACAUUAGUUUAUCGAUUACAUUCGCUUCGUGCAGAUUGGCUAUAUUGCAUUUUGUGCCCAAGGGACAACCGUGAUUUAAGUGAUUAUGAAACAAUUUGUGUUUAUUCUCGUGGUGGCUGCUCUUAGCUGGGCCCAGGCACGCCCCCAAGGAAAUGUUGUUCUUGGACAAAAUGGAUAUACUUCAAUCAAUCAGGUGGUCUCGGCCAAUCCAGUCUAUCAGCAGCAGGUCCUGCAACAGCAACCGUUGGUAUCUGCUAGUCCAGUCUACCAGCAAGUUCUGCAACAGCAGCCACUUGCCCAAGCCCCAAGUGUCCAGAUUGAGUCGAUUAAGCCAUCGUUGCCGUUGGCCAGCUUCUCCAUUCAGCAAACGAGCGGCCAGCAGGAGAUUAAAGCCGCACUGGCUACGCAGGUGAAGAAUGCCUAUUUGCCUCCCGCACCUGCUCCAGUUGAGAUCCAACAGACCUACACGGCGCCAGCUCCAGUUGUCCAGGAACCACAGAUCAUUGCCCCAGUCCCUGUUCAACAGACCUACACGGCUCCUGCUCCAGUUGUCCAGGAACAACAGGUGAUUGCACCUGCCCCUGCUCCAGUUCAGAUCCAACAGACAUAUGCUGCUCCCGCUCCAGUUGUCCAAGAACAACAGGUGAUUGCACCCGCUCCAGUUGUCCAAGAGCAGCAAGUCAUUGCUCCAGUCCAGGUUCAACAAACAUACACGGCUCCUGCUCCAGUUGUCCAGGAACAACAGGGGAUUGUACCUGCCCCUGCUCCAGUUCAGAUCCAACAGACAUAUGCUGCUCCCGCUCCAGUUGUCCAUGAACAGCAGGUCAUUGCCCCAGCUCCAGCUCCAGUCCAAAUUCAUCAGACCUAUUCGGCUCCCGCUCCAGUUGUACAGGAACAACAGGUGAUUGCACCUGCUCCAGCUCCUGUUCAGGUGCAAGAAACCUACUCGGCUCCAGUCCAAGUCCAACAGACCUACUCUGCUCCAGCUCCUGUUGUACAGCAACAAGUGAGGAAUGCCUAUCUGCCUCCAGCACCUGCUCCAGUGCAGAUCCAACAGACCUACACACCUCCAGCUCCAGUUGUCCAGGAACAGGUGAUUGCCCCUGCACCAGUGCAGAUCCAACAGACUUAUACGCCUGUCCAGGAACAAGUGGCUGCCCCUGCUCCAGUGCAGAUCCAACAGACUUAUACGCCUGUCCAGGAACAGGUGAUUGCCCCUGCUCCAGUGCAGAUCCAACAGACCUACACGCCACCAGCUCCAGUUGUCCACUACUCUGCACCAGCUCCUGCUCCCCUUCCUGCUCCUGUACCAGUUACUAUUCCCGCUGUUCAGGUUCAACAAUCCUACUCACCUCCAGCUCCCAUUGCCGUUGUUAAAGAGGAAACUAAGGUCCAACAAACCUAUGUGGCACCGGCUCCAAUUGCAGCUCCAGUUGUCCAGGAACAGCACUACACCGCCCCAGCUCCAGUUGUAACUCAAGUGCAAGAAACCCAUGCUGCUCCCGUUCAGGUUCAACAGACAUACACGGCUCCUGCUCCAGUUGUCCAGGAACAACAGAUGAUUGCACCAGCUCCAGCACCAGUACAGAUCCAACAGACCUAUUCGGCCCCAACUCCUGUUGUCCAGGAACAACACUACACCUACACUGCCCCAGCUCCGGCUCCAGCACCUGCUCCAGUUCAAGUUCAACAGACCUUUAAUGUUCCUACUGCUCCUGCUCCUGCACCCGUCCAACAGACCUAUUAUGCACCAGAGCCCGCUCCCGUAGCCCAACCGACUUACACUGUCCCAACAGUGCAACAGCAGCCUCAAUAUGUCCAAAGUCAAGUGCAGCAGCUCCAGCAAUCGUUUGUCCCACCCGUUGCCCAGCCCAUUGUUCAUCAAUCCACAUCCACCUACAAUUACAGUCCACCCGCAGUCCAACAGCAACUGACCUACACUCAAUCCCAACCGGCUGCAAUUACUGCACCCGCUCCCAUUCCUUUGGCCACCAGCCAAAUCACUUCCUCAUCCAGCAGCUCAGUAGUCGCGGAGACCGGAACUGUCUAUGGUGAGAACGGUGGAUAUGUCUACCAGAAGCAUUAAAGGAAUCACAAAAAUAUGUUUCCCCAUACACCCAACAUCACUUAGUUCAAUUUCUAGCACAAUUUUUACACUGUUAUAUUUUUUUUUACCUUCAAUAAAGAAUUUU